GAUGGGCUUUGUUGGAAUUUUCUAGUCAUACAUAUGACAUGUGUAUCUGUCUGUAUAUUAUAUCUGUAUGUAUUUGGUUUAGAAAUGAUGGGUUUAUACUGUUUACUGUUGAGUAUGUAGUUAGUGGCUUCUGUUUUUGUUUGUUCUACGAUGCACGGAUACUUCUGUUUGGUUCCGUAUCCUGUAUCCAAUACUUGAGUGGAUACUAUACUUAUCCGAUAAUCUCGGAUACUCGUCCGACACGUAUCUUGAUCAAUGGACAGGAAUUUUACAUGAUGGAUACGCGUUUCCUACAUUUAGGAUACACAUAUCCAGAUUUUAGGAUACAUUUAUACUUUCAAAAAAGGUAUUGAGGAGGAGAAAAUUAAUAGAAGACAUCUAUAAUUAAAAGUUGUUGAAUACAAAGAGCUUCCCUCUAAUUAAAACCAUGAAUACGACUCUCACACUUCUACUAUAUAAAGAGGAUUAGAUUUCGAACUUUUCUUCUCUAACAACUCAAAUGUACUUGAAUUUGAAUGAUGAAUUAUGUUUUAAAAUGUAUAGUUUUGUUGCUAUAUACAUUUUUAUUUGCCAUAUCCAUAACGUAUAGUAUCUUAAUUUUUAGAGAUUUUUCGUAUCGCCGUGCCGUGUCAUAUCGUAUCGUAUCGCCAUAUCCGUAUCCAUAUCCAUGCUUCAUAGGUUCCAGGAUGUUUUGUUCAUGCACAAUUAUGCUUGUGUGAAGGCUGUGUUUUUCUUUACUUCAUGUUGUAUGUAAUCUUCAUAUGAUUUGUUAAUUAGGUCAAGAAUUCGAUUCCCUCUAACGGAAAGAAGAAACAAGGUGGUUAAGCUAAAAAAGAAUCUGCAUAUAUAUGUUGAGAUGGAAUAUACAUAUAUAUAUGUACCGAGUCUUCAUAACUGUUUAGACUAUGCUGGACAAGACUGGUGUUGUGUGCUAGGUAACCAUAGUGCCACAACCCACAAGUUGAAGAAAAUACGCUGCAUCAUGGGAAUAUAUCCUCUUGUGUUUACAGCAGUCAUCGCAUAUUCGGGUUGUGAAAGAUUUUGGACUAGAAAUUUAGAGUCCACAGGGUCUUUUUUCCAUGAUAGGAGCAUUACGCUCGGGAGCCUUAUAGGAAUCAAUAACAUCCUAGAGCUCUCAAGAAGAUCUCUAAGAGGAAGAAAAACCGAUCAUCAGGCCACCAAGGACAGGAAGACGAACAACAACGACAGCAACAACACCAAAUUCAGACUCUGUUUUCUCUCUUUAUGCUCCAAAGACAGUACAGAUGAUGAGAACGUGCGCAAUCAUCCGCCAUCUCUCGGCCACUUUCUUGCGGCUGAGAGACAAGCGGCCAAUGAAAACUACAGAACAAACCCUCCAAUUUACGGACCAGACGACGAGCUUGCCCUAGCUGAGCAUCAUCAGCCUGCUAGAGAAUCAAAUAACUCACUCUUUGUUGAUGGUCAAGUUGCUCCUCCCCAAUCUAGUCCACGGCUUGGUUCAGAUCAUGUCGACCAAAGAAAAUCAAUGUUGUUUUCAUGCAUGUGUUGACAACUCUCUCCUUAACCUAGCAUUAUGUGAAUGUCUCUGUCUCUUUUGCUUUCUUAUUUUGGGAUCUCAUUCAGAAUUUCAUGUUAUUGGAAGAAAUAAAGAGGUCAAUUGACAAUUCCAUUGCAUCCGAGCUCGAAUUAUGAAAGAAGGAACGAGAAGAAAGUAUCGGCAACAACCGAGUUUUAUUA